UGCAACGCGAUGGAGCUGCCCCGAAACACUUGGAAUGCCGCCUUUGCUCUGACUCAGCGGAUCCUGCUGCUGCUGCUGCUCCUGCCCGGCUUUAGCUCCGCUCAGAUGCAGCCACUUCAUCCGUACUACCAUCAUCAUCCCAGAUCGCAGCUGUACUACGAGGCGCCACGCCUGAGGCGCUACGAGUAUGCCCCCAGCUCUAUAUCUGGCUAUCCAUUGGCUACCUCGGUCGCUCCCGCUCUCGCGGGCCACUACCAGCAGCAGCCGCCGAACUUCCAGCUGAUCAACUAUCGUCCCAGCUACCAGCCCCUGGCCCUGGAGUACCAGCAGCAGCAGCCCCCCCUGCCAGUUCCUGCUCCGGCUCUGCCCUCCCUCUAUCCGCAGCCGAGCGUCCAGUACCAGCAGCGAUCGAUUGCCCCGCACAUGGAGCUGGCCAAGUACCGCUACGAGGGGAAUUACCUGCCGGUCCAGAGGGUGGCAGGACCAGUUGCAGCAGGACCAUCUCUCCAGCAACAUGAACAGCAGCUGCGUCGCGUGGAGGAGCCUUACAACGUGCCACCGGCUCUGUUUACCAGCGAUGUGCUGCACGUGAUUCCGCCAAGGAUAGCCCGGCUGCAGGAGCAACAGCAACAGCAGCCGCAGCAGCAGCAGCAGCAGCAGCAGCCACAGACUGAACGUUCCCGACGCAAUGCACAGGAGGACGGAUCACAGGCGGAUGCAGAGGCAGCAGAGACUAAAAGUCAGCAAAAGGAGGCGCCACCAAUCAAGGAAACCAAAUAUUUUCAUGACAUUUUCAUGCGUUUCGAUGGACCCCAUUCGCGCUCCCACGGACAUGUCCUGAAGCAGCCCAAGGCCGAGGAGCGACGCUUUGAGAUGCAGCGCGGCACCAAUCGCUACAAGGGGGAGGUGAUUUGGACAGAUCGUCAGGGCAGCCAUGGCGAGCACCGCUGGGACAUGGCUCAGGGAAAACUCUGAGAGCCACAAAGCAUCCUGAUCUCUCUCUCUCUCUCUCUCCCCUCUCAUUUGCAUAUUCCCCUGCCACCACCCUCUCCAGCCCCUGCCCGCUCACUGUACAUACCCAUAAUCAUAUAUAAAGAUCGUGACUUUUCAUAA